ACCGAAGAAAAUUUCUGUUUCUCACGCUUCGUCUCGUCUCCCUGCACAAUACAGCCCGAAAAUCUUCCCAUUCUUUGCUUCAACCCUUGAACAUGUGGCCUCUCAUCGUUCCCUCGUUUUUAUUUUAUUUUACUUUUCUUUCAUAAGAAUAUAAAUAUCAAUAAAAGUGAGCAGAAAUCUCAACUCUGGUCUCUCUCACCCUAUCUCAUAUCCCUGUGGAUUCCUUUUAGGGUUAUGAGCACGAGCAGAUGCUUUUGAAUUUCUCAGACUAUGAACACUGGAAACCUUACACAUAGAUUUCCUGAACCUGAAACCACCAUACCUUCUAUUGUCAUUGAAAGCUUUCAAUUCGAAUUAUUUGUAGUAUGUUGGAAGCAAUGGCUUGUUGCCAAAGUUUUAAGGGACAUGCCAUUGUGCAUCAGAUUAGCCCUCAUGCCUUUUUAAAUCUGAACAGACAUUCUUUUCGUGUGCUGUCUUCCCAUAAGCAGCAAGAGGAUUCCCCAUCAUACACAAAACAUCUUCGAAUAAGUCAUUGCUCUUUUAGUUCUAGGAGUAACUUUGACAGAAAGCAUUUCUUAACUCCCUCAGUUUUUCAGUUGAGAGGUUUUGAGAUUUCCAAACGUAGCUGCCCCUCCUGGGAAAGAUUCCGGAUAUAUGCAGAACUUGAUGUUGCCAGUGCCAUUGAUGUUAUUAACGAUUUAGGAUUGGAUACUUUGACAUUCUUGGCUGUGACUGUUAUGGUUGUUCCUGCAUUCAAGAUCAUCAGAGCUAGCCCUAUACUUGGUUUCUUUUUUGCAGGAGUUGUACUUAACCAGUUUGGCUUGAUUAGAAACCUGACAGAUGUUAAAGUUCUUUCUGAAUGGGGGAUCCUUUUCUUGCUAUUUGAGAUGGGUUUAGAGCUUUCAUUGGCACGCUUAAAAGCUCUUGCCAAGUUUGCAUUUGGCAUGGGAUUAACUCAGGUUGUGUUAUCUACUCUUGCUUUUACAGCAUUCGAGCUCCCACCAAAUGGCGCUAUUGGCACAAGAAUUUUGGAGUUUCUUUUCCACUCAAGACCUGAUCUAGUUAAUAUAAGAAGUCUUGAUGAAGCUAUUGUGAUUGGUGCUGCUCUCUCAUUGUCAUCUUCAGCUUUUGUUCUGCAGCUUCUUGCAGAAAGAGGUGAACUGCCAACAAGAUUUGGAUCAGCAACUUUGGGGAUACUUCUUCUACAGGACAUAGCUGUUGUGCCUCUCCUAGUCAUACUCCCUAUACUGGAGAGUCAGAAUUUGGUAGAAAAAAGCAUUUGGCCAAUGCUUGCAGCAGAAAGCUUAAAGGCAUUAGGUGGACUUGGUCUGCUUUCUCUUGGAGGAAAGUAUUUACUCAGGCGUAUCUUUGAAGUUGUUGCAGAAACAAGGAGUUCAGAAGCUUUUGUUGCUCUCUGUCUGCUUACAGUUGCUGGGACUUCCCUUCUUACUCAGAAAUUGGGCUUCAGUGACACGCUGGGAGCAUUUCUAGCUGGGGCACUUCUAGCAGAAACAAACUUCCGGACACAGAUUGAAGCUGAUAUUAGACCAUUUAGAGGCUUACUUCUUGGACUAUUUUUUGUGACAACAGGGACAUCCGUUGACAUGCAGCUCCUUUUCCGAGAGUGGCCAAAUGUACUUUCACUCUUGGCAGGUCUAAUUGUUAUCAAGACACUGAUAAUUACAGCGAUAGGUCCCCGUGUUGGGCUAACACUUCAAGAAAGUGUGAGAAUAGGACUACUUCUUUCUCAAGGAGGCGAGUUUGGAUUUGUAGUCUUUUCUCUAGCAAACAGGCUUGGUGUGCUACCACUUGAGCUGAACAAACUGCUCAUAAUUGUUGUGGUUUUGUCAAUGGCACUAACACCCUUGCUCAAUGAAGUUGGAAGGAAGGCUGCUGAUUUCAUUGAUAAUAAGUCCAAUGCAGAGGACAAAAUUGUUGACAUGGUCAACUUUGAAGCAAGUGAACCAGUUGUCAUUCUUGGAUUUGGACAAAUGGGUCAGGUACUUGCAAACUUCUUGUCAACUCCAUUAGCUUCUGGGAUAGAUGGCAAGCUUGUGGGAUGGCCUUAUGUUGCUUUUGACCUUGAUCCUGCAGUUGUUAAGGCAGCCAGGAAGCUUGGCUUUCCAAUCCUCUAUGGUGAUGGAUCACGCCCUGCAGUUCUGCAAUCAGCUGGUAUUUCUUCUCCAAAGGCCGUGAUGGUUAUGUAUACAGGGAAGAAAAGGACAAUUGAGGCUGUACAAAGGAUUCGACUUGCCUUCCCUGCGGUUCCUAUAUAUGCCCGAGCUCAAGACCCAAUCCACCUAUUGGAUCUAAAGAAAGCAGGUGCAACAGAUGCUAUUCUUGAAAAUGCAGAGACUAGUUUACAGCUUGGUUCUAAGCUUUUGAAAGGUCUUGGUGUCAUGUCUGAUGAUGUAACAUUUCUCAGUCAGCUUGUUCGAGAUUCCAUGGAGUUUCAAGCUCAAGAGGCACUAAAUAAUAGAACUGAUGACAGGGAGUAUGGUGUUCUGAAGCCACUGCAGGUAAGGGUUGCAGAUUUGAUGGGAGCACGGUCCCCAAUUUCUUCAAGCUCAUCCAAAGAAAGCUCAACAAAUUCAGAAGAGUCCAAUAUUCAGACAGAAGUAGAUCAAUCUGAACAUGAACUUCCUUUGGAACAAUUUGAGAAUGGGGAUGGCAAAGGUGUCUUGUAUUGUGAAUUGGACUCCGAGAACAGUUCCCAAGCUGGAAAUGAGGAUUUCAAAGGAGAGGAAAGUACAAUAGACCAUUCAAUACCUUGUGCAACGGGUGAAAGACCAUGAUUUUUUAUCAGGUUUAAUACAUUCUUCUCUUAUCGUCUUCCAACGUCAAUACUUCUAGUGCUCUUGGUGGUCCUCCAAGUAUCAGAGAAAUAUUUUGAAAGUUUUUGUUGGCGGAAGACAAGAUGUAAAUGGAGAAUAUGUAAAGCUGCAUGAUGGUGUCCAAGAAGUUGUUACUAUCUCUGGAAGGCCACAGCAUGUAUGUGAUCAUAUUUGAUCAAUUUUCUAUUAUUUUGCAUUUAUGAUUUGUGAAUAAUCUGUUUUUUAUUUUUCCUUUUAAUUGAGAAAGGAGCUUUACUGGUUUACAAAAAUGUAAAGAGGCAAGCCGAUUUUGGCCAUUAUAAAGCAUAAAUAGCAGUGGCACAGUGCUUUCUUGUCGUA